AUGUGUGUGCUGUACGGGAAAGCCGUCAAGGACUCAUCGGACGCCAAUGACGUACCGUUGUAUAUACUGAAAAGAUGUAUUCGAGAAGUGCAACGAAAAUGUGCGUUACUGACGGAUAGCAAGGCGAUUGCUGCGGGGAAAACACAGCCCGGAUUCGGUAUGACCGACGAUAAAGCAUCAGAUGAAGAAGUGAGGUGUAUUGUUUUGAAGUUACUGGCGAAUUCAAGUACGCGCAAUCGAAGACGCGAUCAGUUAAUAUCAGCCGUAACAAAAGCAGUCUCGGGUAGAUUCACCAUUAAAGACGCAUCUCAAAUGGAGGGAUUACCAGUGAGCACAGUGCAUCCAUACGUUUCGAAAGCACGUCAUAUGCUAGGCAAUCGUUGUCCAGCCCCGAAAGGAGCAGCCAUCGAAGUGGAGCAGGCAGUGAACUUGGCUCGUUUGCAGUGGUGUAGCGAGGUGGAUAAGCGCCAUCUGAGUUCGCCAUCGCGCUCCACGUCGUCUUCAUCAUCAUCGUGCGAAGGCAACAGUCUGCAAACAUACGAAGACGAGUUGAUGUUGUAUCGAAACAUGAACGCGAUGAAUCUGCACGAGAAUAUCGCGAAGAAUGUCAAAGAAGUGCGCAUCAAGUACUUGAUUUAUCUGUUGGUGUUACGACAGUACAGACGAUCCUUCAGAGAGCAAGUGUUGUUGUCAAAGGCACUGGCGCAUGUCUUGUUAGAUGGAUUGUUGGUGGAGGAGGUGGCUGAGACGAACUUGGGACUGAGUAUGUACAUCUUAAAGGCUUAUGUUAAACGAUGUCGUGAGGUGAACCACUGCAUUAUGCAGGAGUUUCCAGUAUUCCGUAGUGGAGUGAGAGAUCUACGUAUUGAGAGGCAAAAAAAUGCGAAUUUAUUUCACGUGCCACCAGAGUUUGAUGAAUUGGCCGCAGCUUCUGCAAGUGAACGUUGUAUUGCGAAAGUAAAGUAUGAUAGAGCAAAGAGAGAGUGGCUUGGAAAGGUGUUGAACGGUCGUGUGGCCGAACCGAUGGCCUCUUAUUUGCAGAAGCUCUGGGCUGUGAACUUUCCGGUAGGGGCCGAUUUGGUGCAGGGGUUGGCACAGUACACGUUUAGAAGUGUUUAUCCAGAAGUGGUUAUGGAAUCGGAUGUGUGGUUGGGUUGGGUUCGAGAUUACUGCGACGAGCACGGUUAUUUGGCAGAUUCGGAUAUUUGA